AGAAGAGUCUUGGGUUCCUACCAUGUCCUAAAGUGUGGUCAGGAAUUUAAAAGACUUGAACAGUUUCAAAGGGACAACAUGGUGACAUUUUACAUUGGCUCUGUUAGUCAUUGCAUUGAGAAGUUGCUCAUGAAUGCUGGAAUUCUCACUCAAGGCAGACAAAAUGUAAAACAAUCUACCCCUUUGUAUAAAACAAACAUUCCAUGUGAAGAUGCUGGACCAUUUUCUUCACCAGUGGUCGUUGCUUUGCAUCCAGUACCAAGAAACCUUCUAGAAAAGGCAAUAGACUCAACUUCAUGUUUAUUAGGAGUUGUUAGUGCCUUGCCAAUUCAUAUUGGUGACCCGUCUGUGAUUGGCAUCAAUGACAUUAAUCAGCCAGACUUUGGAGAUCCACCAGUGUUGGAUGACAGUGUUCCAGUGUUCUGGGCCUCUUGUGUCACGGCUCAUUUGGCCGUCAGAUCUGCUGGUAUUGUAGCUUUUUUUUUGCUCGCUGUUUUUUCCUCGGUUUGUUUUCCCUCCCUCAUUUUAUGUCUUCAGCAAACCUCCACCAUUCAACGAAAUUCAGUGACCAUAAAUUGUCAAAGAAAAAAGGAAUAUAUAUUCCAUUCCUCUUUCUAACAGGUCAAAAGGAGACCUUUGUUAUAAAAAAAUAUAUAAUUAAUACUCAAUUAUAAGAAAGUCGCCCAUUUUCGCCAUCAAAUUCCCCGCGCGAGUGUAUAUCAUACCCAGACCUCGCUCUUUUCUGUUAUAGGUCUAAAUAGGGACCUUAAGAUCUGACGACGGCGACGGCAACGAGGACGUCAAAAGAGCAAUAGGUUUAAUAUCUAAAACAACAAUUUUGCACGUGCAUCACGCUAUUAUGUGCAUUUCUUUGCCGUCACUGCACGACUACGACGUGAAAGUCCCUAAUGUCACGUUUCACAGAGAAAGUACUCAAGCGACGACGAAAUUUCUUCUCUGUUUCUGAAAUUAGAUAUGGUUCUCAGGAAUUCACUUUAAGGAGGGUUCACGUACAUUUAACAAAGUUAGUGACUUGAAGUAAUCGCGAUGAAGAUUGAAAGAACGCGAAUCCAGUUUUUCAGCGGCGUUUUCGCUGCCCUCGCCGUCCUCGGAUCUUAAGGUCCCUAAUGUAAGCACUCUGAGAGGGGAUUUAAGAAAAAGGUAAAACUUUAACUAAUACCUUAGAAAAUGUCUAAAAAUGAAAAUUGAAUGCUAAUAACCCUAUCCAAAUGGGUGAUGACUUUGUUACUGCCCCUAUUUCUCGCCAAUUACAGGUUUACCAAUCGCCUUCAAAAACGACAUGGACUGCAUUUUUGUGUGUGAUACACCCACAGAGGAAUUCCUUCAGAAACACCCACCUAUUGGUNGUAUUGUAGCUUUUUUUUUGCUCGCUGUUUUUUCCUCGGUUUGUUUUCCCUCCCUCAUUUUAUGUCUUCAGCAAACCUCCACCAUUCAACGAAAUUCAGUGACCAUAAAUUGUCAAAGAAAAAAGGAAUAUAUAUUCCAUUCCUCUUUCUAACAGGUCAAAAGGAGACCUUUGUUAUAAAAAAAUAUAUAAUUAAUACUCAAUUAUAAGAAAGUCGCCCAUUUUCGCCAUCAAAUUCCCCGCGCGAGUGUAUAUCAUACCCAGACCUCGCUCUUUUCUGUUAUAGGUCUAAAUAGGGACCUUAAGAUCUGACGACGGCGACGGCAACGAGGACGUCAAAAGAGCAAUAGGUUUAAUAUCUAAAACAACAAUUUUGCACGUGCAUCACGCUAUUAUGUGCAUUUCUUUGCCGUCACUGCACGACUACGACGUGAAAGUCCCUAAUGUCACGUUUCACAGAGAAAGUACUCAAGCGACGACGAAAUUUCUUCUCUGUUUCUGAAAUUAGAUAUGGUUCUCAGGAAUUCACUUUAAGGAGGGUUCACGUACAUUUAACAAAGUUAGUGACUUGAAGUAAUCGCGAUGAAGAUUGAAAGAACGCGAAUCCAGUUUUUCAGCGGCGUUUUCGCUGCCCUCGCCGUCCUCGGAUCUUAAGGUCCCUAAUGUAAGCACUCUGAGAGGGGAUUUAAGAAAAAGGUAAAACUUUAACUAAUACCUUAGAAAAUGUCUAAAAAUGAAAAUUGAAUGCUAAUAACCCUAUCCAAAUGGGUGAUGACUUUGUUACUGCCCCUAUUUCUCGCCAAUUACAGGUUUACCAAUCGCCUUCAAAAACGACAUGGACUGCAUUUUUGUGUGUGAUACACCCACAGAGGAAUUCCUUCAGAAACACCCACCUAUUGGUGCGAAUAUUAAGCUAAAAGUAGUGACUCUAAAGGAAGACCCCUUUGUCGCUUCUCUAUUAUCUGAAAACUCUGAAUCAAGAAUCAGUGGAUUAGAGGCCGCCAUUCAAGAAGACGUCGGAAGUCGGGGAAUCUCAAAUUUGCAUAUUCCUGGAGAGCUGGUGAAAGCGGCACUUACGUUAUCUCAUUCGUCUUCGGUAGCUGUUCAUUUUGGUUUCCCUUGUGUUACUGGAAAGAAGUAUUUGGACGAAACUGAUGGUCCACCAGGCGCCAUCGCAAUCGGCAAAGCUCUUAAAGCUCUGGGCAAGAAAGUCACGUUUAUUGCAAGCUCUUACCAUAUCCAAUUAGUGGAGACACUUGUUUCGGAGUUUUUGGGGAGAGAAGUUUCUGUCGUGGAAUUCAAGCCUCCACGGAAUGACGAUCCAGUCGGAGUUCAAACAGCUGCCGUGGAGUUCCUUUUCGAUGAUGGUGUGAAACCAAGCAAUCCCAAGUUUGACGCAUUGGUUGCCAUAGAAGCAACGUCUAGGACAGCUGAAGGAAGUUACAUGACAAUGAAAGGCAGAGACUUAUCGGAUGUUUGUAGGAAGAGUCCAGUUGAUGAAUUAUUCAUUCAAGGUACUGUUCCUCUGAGGCCCCGUCCACACUAAUCUGGAUAAUUUAAGAACACACUUUUUUUCUUUGAUUUAGUCAACCAUUCUCACAAAAUCUAGUAAGUUAACCCUUUAAGUCCCAAUAGUGACCAACAUCAAUUUUCUCCUAACGAUAUCCAUACAUUGUCAUGAGAUGAGGUUAUGAGAAUUAAUAAAAUGAUCAGCUAAGAGAAAAUACUUUGAUCUUUUAUCAAAUUCUCUCAACCCAUCCAUGAAGGAAAUAUAUAGAGAUCAGUUUGGAGAAUUUGUAUGUGGAUAUUGGGGCUUAAAGGGUUAAGACGGUAAACGCUGGGUAUGUGGCAUAGUGUGAACAGAACUUUUUAAGAACGCCAACGUCAAAUGGGCAUGAAUCACAAUGUCAUCGCGGGUCCAAGUAACGUGGUUGCGCUCUUCCAUUUAAUAAUAGUGGGCCAAGGCACCAAAAUUUAUCCUGAUUACCUUGGAAGGUGAAAUUAUUGAAAAAGAUACGAAAACGUUAGUGUCGUCCACCGAAAACCUUUGAACCUUCUUUGGGGGCGAAAACUUCGUUUUCAAAUUUCUCUGGAAUGGAUAGUGCAAACAAUACAUGGUUUGAGGUGGUUAAAACUGUUACUCUGGGGCCAGUUGUUUAUAAGAUGGAUAGUGCUAUCCACUGGAUAAUGCAAGAGGCCAUUUCCGAGUUCGAAAAACUUUUCACUUUCAAAACAUGGCUAAUUGUAGAUCCUUCUUGUGAAAGCGAGUUAUAUUUGCGUGAGAAUAAAAAUCAUUUUCGUAACUAUGGCUUUGCACGUGGCCUCGCUUUGAAACAGAGGCUUGAAACAACUCUGAAAUGGCCUAUGGUUUAGCCGUGGAUGGUGCUAUCCAACUUUUAAACAACUGAGGCCUGGCUGAGAAUAGGACAAUCACAUGACUUUUGGAGGGCAUAAUGUAGUUUAUUUGUGUCCCGAGUAGCAUUAUUUGCGCCCGUGCGGCAGAGCGAGGUUGCAAAUGAUGCUACGAGUGUGACGCUUCAAUAAGUUCACGUUCAUUAGUUCCUAUUGACAUCUAUUGACCUCUGUUUAAAGGCAGAAUCGAAUCUACCGCUUUCAAGCUGCCAUUCAAAUGAGCAAUUUUGUUCAUGUAGAAUCUGCGUUAACCGCAUUCCCUUUCUUUUAGCUUAUAAUUCAGGGAAAAUAGCCACUAUAGGAAUCGGCGAUGGAGGAAAUGAGAUCGGCAUGGGAAAGGUGCGCCAACGCGUUAUUGAACACAUUGAAAAUGGC